UUGGGGCGUGUUUUGCGAAAUCAUUUUUCUUACACGAUCGGAUAUAACUCAAACUCCGAAGACAUACUUUGUUCAUUGAUAAUACAUUUAAAUUUAAAUGAGUACACAGAAGGGUAACGUUCAGCGUAAGCGUCCUCAAAAGUACAAAAAUAGCAGAGCCUUCAAGAACGACUUGCACGAUACAUCAAAAGAAAUCAAACAGCUCAACAGCGUGACUUUUGAUAACCUGUGUUCUAGAUGUGCAGAGAUCAUACAGUGGAGAGUUAAGUUUAAGAAGUAUCAUCAGUUGACUAAUCCGAAAGUCUGUGUGAAAUGCAAUGAAAAGACUGUUAAGCAAGCCUAUCAUACUGUUUGCAAAAGUUGUUCAUCCGCAUUGAAAAUCUGUGCUAAAUGUGGAAAGUCCAGUGAAACUAUUGCUUUUGAUACUACAGUGAAGCAAGAAGACAUCAAUCAAGAAUUUCUAGAUGCUAUAAAAAAUAUUCGGGAGAGAGAACGUCGUACUCUACUACGUAUGGCUCAGUCAAGUCAAAAUACGAUCGGAAUUAGUAGCACUGAUGAAGUUGAAGGAAACCUUUCGAGCCAGGAGGGUGAUUUGGCCGAUUCAAUCAAGGAGAGAUUGUCUAAUAUAAAGUGCGAUGACGACAGCGAAUAUACAUCAGAUGAUCAUGAAUCGAGUUAGCGGCAUGGAACAACCAAGUUUUUCUGUAACUAAACUACCAGCAGAUGUAAAUAUAGCGAAUUCAAAGCCAUUCGUUUGUAUGUUUUAUUAACUGUAUUCAGUUUUGCUCUGUUAUCACGCUCUAUCUCGUGACCUGAAUAAAACGGUAGAGAGAUUAAUAGUCGGUUUACUUUGUGAUGAACGGGCCUAUUCCUUCCUCAUUCUUUUUCGAAGUAUAGUGGAGAUCAUUCAGACAUCAGAUAAUUCAUGAUAUGAAGUCAGUUAGCUGUUCUAAUAAAAUCUUAUUC